UUAAGCAAAGAAUGCGGAAGAGCUGAGGUAUUUUUGGUGAACGGAAACAAGUCAUAUAAAUGUUAUAAUAUGUACAAAAUACUUGUGCUAUUUCUGCUCUCACUUCCAACAGCAGUUCCAAAAGGCUCUCAUUCUUUUUGGGUGCUUGCAACUUACAUUAAAGGACAAAGCCCCUUUCCUCAGUUCAGUUACACAUUGAUGUUGGAUGAUGUCAGACUUCUGUAUUAUAACGGUGAUACAAAGACCUUCAUUCGAAGAGGAAACACAACAAAUGAAGAUUCAGCAUUGGAUCCUAACCUUCUCAUUAAAAUAACUGACUCUAUAGAAGCAUCUUUUAUAGAAAAUUCGGAAAUAGCAGUUCUAAAUAAAACCAAUGUUAAAGGUCCUUUUCAAAAACUGGUUUUGUGUGAGCUGAAGGACAACAAUGAACCAGGACAAAUGAUCACACGGGAUGCUUUUGAUGGUUCCACCACAGAUGAGCUGCGAUAUGUAAACAAGAGCUUUACAUUCCGAGGUUCUUUAAAUAUCACAGCUGAGGUGCUGAAAUUUCAUCUUGACAUCUCUAUGUGGCGCCAUGAAAAUUUAUAUUACCCAGCCUGCAUUAAGACUCUUAAGGGCUUCCUUGAAAAAAGGACAAAUCAAGUAAAUAGAAAAGUGAAACCCAAAGUCAGGAUUCUUCAAAACAAAUUGUCUUUUGGGCCUCAUGUGAGUUGCCUGGCAACAGGAUUUUAUCCUCGUCACAUCAAUCUGACCCUGUUCAGAGACGGGCAGCCCGUAUCUGAUCAUGAGAUCACUGGAGGAGAUCUGCUGCCGAAUGAUGACGGGACGUAUCAGAUGAGAAAGAUUCUGAGGAUCAGCGCAGAAGAAGAGAGAGAGAGACACAAAUACACCUGCACUGCCACACAUCUCAGUCUGGACAACAAACUGGACAUCACUUUAGAACUUGAUCAUGGGACAGCAAUGAAGCCGGUGAUUUCCUCAGUGCUAACAGCUUUGGCAUUGCUCAUUGGGAUUGUGGUUACAGUGACAAUAUGGAGAUAUGCAUGUAAAAGAAGAGGUGAAAGAAAUAGAAAAGCUGCUAAAUGUGCAUAUUCCUCUGCUUCUUCAUCUGAAGAAUGUGUGGACACAAUAACACCAACAUCGACUUUAUGAGAUGAAAGCCACAGGAAUUAGAUGAAGAAACAUCUUCAUACAAAGAUUAAACAGUUCAAAUAAAAUAAAGGAAAAAAAUUCAGCAAACUAAUUUGCAUCAGCAUAACCUUAAGCAGAUGCUUUUUAGUUUACACUGUAAACUGGUAUGUUGUAAAUGUGGUUUUUGAUUUUAGAAGAUAUUUUUCGAAAGCUCCUUUUUUGUGGUCCGCAGAGGAAGAAAGUCAUAAAGGUUUGAAAGUACAAGAGGGUGAGUAAAUGAUGACAGAUCCUUUUUGGGUGAAAGAAAAAGGAUUUUGCUGAAAGAAAAUGAAGUGACUUGUCAUUGAAAGAGUUGUUAAUAUUUCAUAUAGUUCACAAAGGUUUAAUAUCUUGAUAUCAUUAAAGUUGUUUUGUUGUGAUGAAUAGUUUUCUGUGAAAUCACUAUGUGAUUAGUGUUUGCUUUGGUUUACACCAGCGCCAUGUUUUUUUUAUUCAUUGUAUAUAGUUGAUAUUUUCAUUGUAAGUUUCUAUAAAAUAAACUAUUUAUCAAUAAAUUCCAUAAAGUAUUAGUGCCUGUUGGUAGACCUUGCUAAUCAGAUCAUUAAGCAAAAUUAACAAUCUUGUUAAUCUUACACUUGUUUGUUUUUAAAGCUGUCUAAAAAACUGAGCAGGUAAAGUAGAGCUACUAUAGUGUUAUCAGUCUGGAAAAGGUGUUCUAUUUGUCUUUGUUUUUUGCUUUUGUCAUUUUUUGUUAUAUUUUACAGACACGAUUUUUAAAAAUUCAACAAGCCUUCCAGUCUCAAAUAAAAUAAUUGAAAGUC